GGAUAGUCGAGCUCUGUUAUUGGCCAAUACAGAUUGGCUACCGGAAGUCAUAUUGGAUGGUGUAGGAAACUGAACGCACGCGUUUCGGGAUGGUGCGUUACAAAUCCAGGUAUCUGCUUUGUGAGUUGUGCGUGUCAGAGCAAAGUAGUUUGCAGCUGCUGGAUGACCGAGCUGUAUUCACGGCGGUGAGGGGAGCAGUGUCUUCGGCCCACGGGGACUACGGGGCUGCUCUCUGCAGCACCUCGUUUGCAGUGAAAUACCUGAAUGCCCACACUGGAGUGGUGUUCCUGCGCUGUCGAAAGAGGCACUACAGACUCCUCUGGUCUGCAUUACCCUUCAUUACCAGUGUGGAGAACCGAGGCCAGAGAAUCCCCUGCUUCAUUAACUGCCUGCAUAUUGGAGGGACUAUUCGCACGUGUCAGAAGUUCUUGAUCCGAUACAAUACUCAACAGCUCCAUCGCAUGCUCAGGCUUUGCCACAGUGAGGCGGAGAGGUUGGAGGUGCGCAAGGCUGUGCUGAGUUGCUCUCUGAAGAGUCUUGAAAAAGAGGAAGAGGAUGAAGAUGUAUUUGGGGAUGAAGAAGAGUGGGGGAAAGGUUAAAUUACACACACUUACAGACUGGUGGUACUGUGGCCUGGACAGUACAUUUUCAGCCAUGGUUGGUUGAAAGCAGGUGUCUAAAAACAAUAUAUAUGGCCAAAAGUGUUACUUUACUGCAUUACUUUGUACUGAAAUAUUGAUGCCUAAUAGUGCACUGCAGUACCCUACCCACGACAGCUUAGUACUUCACUGUGCGGGUGAUUUGGCCAUCUAAAAUUGGUUGGAGAGUAAAUCCAGUCUAGACUUGCAUCUGAGAUGUAGAGCUUCGUGGGACUUUCAAAGUUUCAGUUUUGGUUACAACAAUGCAAUAUUGUAUUUAGUGGUGAUUAAAAAAAUGUAAGAUAAUGUGUAUUUAAGGAUUGUUUCUUUUUUCUUUUUUUUUAAGAAAAAACUAUUGCCAGCUGAUGUUUGGCUCAGCUACAGUGACAGUUCCAGAAACAUUGACACAUUUUAUUUGCUGUAUUUUUCUGAAUAAAGAAAAUAACAUUCCAAAAAAAACAAAAAACACUUGACCCUAUAUAAAUUUGCUCCGUGAAUUAAUUACAUUAUUAAUUCCUAGCCGUUUACUGCAUUUACAAAGAAAUUGCAUUGUUAUUUCAGAGGUAUAGUACGUAUAGUAGUUGACCUAAAUGGAGAAAAUUUUACAUUAAAAAUGUUUCCACACAGAGAA